AUGCCGAUGUCGCCGCCUGUGCCUGGAGCCGGCGACCCGGCCCCGUCGCCUUGGCCGUCGCGCGGCACCAGUUGGCGGUCUGCGGAGAUGAAAGCCGAAAAGCGCUCGCUGAAUCCGAAGCUCGUCGCGCGGCUGAGGCGCCGAUGUCUGUUGCUGCUCGGGUCUCUGUGCGUCAGCGCCGGCGCCUUCUGGUGUCUCUUCUCCUCGGGCGUGCUCACGGCGCUCUUUCCUUCCGCCUUUAGUCGAGAUCCCUCGCACACACACUCGCUCGACUUCAACUCCCCGCCGGUCGCGCAGCUGCACGGCCUCCUCAAGGGCUUGCCUCUGCCGCGCCACCACGAGAAAACCACCGUCGACAACAGCGCCGUCGUCGUCGGCGUCCACGGCACAGUCAAGGCUCCGUACAGCAGAGUAAUUGACCAUCUGUUGAAGAUUGUGACUCUGCCGACGUUGACCGGCGAGCCGCGCUACGUGACAGGAGAUGAUUUUUCGAUCAUCAUUCCUGUUCGCAACGAAGAGGCGUAUCUUCCAAAGACGCUGACCUACCUGUUUGAGGUGACGCCGCCUGAACGGAUUCGCGAGGUGAUCGUGGUGGACGACAACAGCGACAGACCCAUCAAAGCCGUGCUCGAGAAGGCUCUGCCCCAGUACAUGCUCAACAAAACGCGCUUCAUUCGAUUCGAUUCGUAUCAAGGUCUAAUUCGCGGUCGCGUGGCCGGAGCAGCGAUUGCGACGAGUGACAACCUGUUUUUCCUGGAUGGGCAUUGCCGACCCAAGCUGGGUUGGGCGGAGCCUCUCCUUGCGCAUUUGAAGAUCAACUACCGCCGAGUUGCCUGCCCCAAGAUCUACGACAUUUUCCCGGAUUCCUGGGAGGAUGUCGGGACACACGGGACGAAGAUGAUGUUUGAAUGGACGUUCGAAUUUGGGUGGUUCGAAGAUCAGGAGGACGAGGUCCCGGUACUUUCUGGCGGCAUUCUGGCGAUGACGAAGAAGUGGUGGUUUGAGUCCGGGCUCUACGACGAGGGAAUGCUCGAAUGGGGCGGGGAGAACCUCGAACAGUCGAUUCGCUCGUGGCUGUGUGGAGGCGAAAUCGUCGCGGUGCAAGAAUCGAAGAUCGGGCACAUCUUCUCCAGGCCUCCGAAGCCAAACCCCGGAAACCGACUCGUCAUUCAGGUUCAAAAGAACCAAAAGCGCGCAGCAAAAGUUUGGCUAGAUGAGUACUACAACCUGUUCUACAAAUACCACCGCGAAGUUCGCGGGCACCAGGAAGGCGACGUCACCAAACGGAAGAAACUGCGAUACGAAGAGCUGACGUGCAUGCCUUUCCAGUGGUAUGUGGAAAAAUUCAAGACUGCUUUCGACCGUAACGGACUUCUGGACCACAACUACUUCCAUAUUCAACAUGAACAAACAGGACUGUGUCUUUCCUCGGCCUACAUCUCGGGUUUCCCAGAGCAUCGUCUUGUUCUGGAGCCUUGCAAUCUCCACGCUCGUCUUCAACAAUGGACUCUGGCGGGGGGAAAUCGGCUGAUUGCGAAUCGCGAGAAGAAGUGCAUCGACGCGUACUCGCAGCUAGCCAGCACGCGCUCGCCGCUUACUUGGAAAUGCGACUGGAAUCGCGUGCUGCAGAAUCAAAACAGCAAUGAGUUUUGGCAAUGGGAUGCCUCCCUGCCUGGACAGCAGGGCGUCUCCGCGAACGCGACCGGGCGAAUCUUCUCCUUCUCCCACCCCGACACUGUGUCCCUCACGGGCCACGACACGCUUCCGGUGUACAGACAUAUGGCGGUGUCGCACCAGGCGAAGUGUCUGGUAGCGGAUGACUCGGCAGAGACCAAUGGAAAGCCGCUCGUGCACUGGAAAAGCUGCGACGAGCCUGUUCGCGCGGAGAGCCCCCAGACAGAGAGCAAGGAGGCAGCGGGGGACUCCCAGGAGACGCGCGCGAAGAACGAGAAGCGCGCCGACGUUGUAGACCGCAUGCGCUUCAAGCCCAAGUGGGUGUACGCGCCGCUCUCUUCCAGAUUCGGCGUCCGAACGAUGGAGACCGCGAACGCCGUCACAGAUGAAGCUGCAGAGAAAUACAUCAGGAAAGCGCCGAAACCUCUCGACGAGUAA